CGCCCCAGCUCUACGACCCCGAAACUCGAACAAUGCAAUCGCAGCGUUAUCUUGGCCAGGGUUCCAAGAAAUUGGGUGCUCCGCUUGUCAACUACAAGGGCGUUGAUUGCAUUCUAGUUCUAGGCACUACGUACUGGGAAUCGACUCCAUGGUGCGAAGUGAUGGAAAGCGACCAAGAUUUGGGACACUACAGCUUCUAUCCACGUGAUCAGGAUUUUCGGGAUCAGGAUUAUCGGCAUGAGGAAGUGGGUCUCAGGGACGAGGAUUUCCGGAAGAAGGAUUUCUGGUAUGAAAGACAGAAACGUGAUUAUUAUGAACAACUUAAUCGGCAGGCUCAACCCCAGACAACAUUUCUCCAGCACGCAUUCCAUAACUUUAACGUUAAGGACGUUGUACCCCCUACAGACACGGGAACCAAAAGACAUCGCAGUGUCUGCGAGAGCCUCAAUCUUGUGAGCAUCGUAGAGCAUAUAACUGUUUCCGGGCGGGAGAUAUACCUCCUCCGUCUUCUUUUCAUAUCAGAAGAGGAAUGAAGAGAAUAAGGGAUAAAUACCUUUUCGUAUGAGAUUAGGUUAACCAAGUUGCUAUAACACACGAAGAGAUGUCAAGUAGUGUGUUGACGAGAUGUAGGAGUUCCAGGAAUCUCUGUAGUAAAG